GUAUUGACACAGGCCAAACUGCAACAUAAUCAUACCAAUUUGUUUUGUUUAUAUAAUAAAUACUGUUAACUACUCAUUUGAGGGAAUAAAUUAUCAUUGUUUUAGGUUAUUUAUCAUUUAACUGAUUAGAGUAACAAACAGGUUUUAAAUUCCCAUUAGUUUCACACUUUUCCUUCUAAUUUAACUGACCAGUUUUCCUCAUGAAAUAACUGUGAAUUGAUACCUUUGAGUUCUUACAAAUUGAUUGGUGUCCUACAAUUCUCUCUUUUUUUAUUUGUUAUUAUUCUGAUGUUUGUGUAAAAAGGAGUUGAGUUGUAGCAACUUAUUGACGUAGAGGAUUUGCUAUCAUGUAUUUCCUCAAUUUUCUGUCUUUAAUCCUACUAUUGGUGGUUAAAUCACAAUGUGUGAACAUAAACGGAACUGACUAUCGGAUCGAUUACGUUUCUGAAAAUGGAACAUCCACGAAGAUAAUCUAUAAAAAUGAUUCGUGGGUAGCAAAAAGUGUCUAUAACUACACAUAUUUGACAAUUGGAUGGGAUUCACUUGACUUGGAGACAAGUCCUGACGCAGAGGAUGAAGAACAAGCGUUCCUCGCAGGUUACCUAGAGGGUACUGAGACCCACCUGGCCAUCUAUGACCACUACAACAACAUUCUCAAGUCUGCCUGUGACAAUGAGACUGAACUGUGUGAGCAGGUCAACCGUUUCCUGGACUCUAAUACGGAGUGGGUUAAAGAAAUGGUGGCAAAACAUGCUGCCAGUGAUGUUUACUGGAGGCAGGUGCAAUUAUUCUACACUCAAUUGGAUGGCAUUACUACUGGUUACAACAGUAUUACGAAAGAUGAAGAAAAACUUUCCCUGAGAGAUUUUAUGUGGAUGAAUUUUGACUGGGACAUCAGAGACCUGAAGUCUGCUUUGAAGAAGGAAUCCGACAGAGCCCUGAAAGGGGAAGGCCGCUGUUCAGCUCUGAUCAAACUGCUCCGAUCCAAGUCUGAUCUGAUAAUCGCUCACAAUACAUGGACGGGAUACGAGACCAUGUUACGGAUAAUGAAGCGGUACACUCUACCGUACAAACAGGUGGCUGGAACUGCAAUGAGUUUCCCGAGUUAUCCAGGAGUAAUGUUGUCCAUGGAUGACUUGUAUAUCAUCAACUCGGGUUUGGUAGUCCAGGAGACUACUAACGAUAACAACAACGCUUCGCUCUGGUCCUAUAUCCAGCCAACCGGCCAGGUGAUGGAAGUGGUUCGACUAACCGUGGCCAACCGUUUGGCUAGCGGAGGUCGCAGCUGGACGAAGAUAUUUUCUCAAUACAACAGCGGGACGUUUAACAAUCAGUGGAUGAUUGUUGACAUGAAAAAAUUCUCACCUGGAUCGGUGAAGCCAGAGUUGCUGUGGGUUCUAGAGCAGAUGCCAGGGUUUAUCCGUAGAGAAGACCAGACCGACGUUUUGACUAGUCAGAGUUACUGGGCCAGCUACAACAUCCCCUUCUACCCUGAUGUUUACAACAUGAGCGGCACACCUGCUCUAGCAGACAAGUACGGUGACUACUUCACCCACGACAAGUGUCCGAGGGCUCUGCUCUUCAAGAGGGACCAUGAGAAGGUGUUAAAUGUUCAAACGAUGAUUCAGCUGAUGCGAUCCAACGACUUUCAAAACGAUCCUUUGUCUCACUGCAACUGCAGUCCACCCUAUAAUGCUUAUUUUGCUCUAGCAGCAAGAGGAGAUCUAAACCUGGCGAACGGCACAUAUCCCUUUGAUGCUUUGGGCCAUCGUUCUUUUGGAGCUACUGAUGCCAAAGUAACCAACUACCGACUGUCCCAGAACCUGAGUAUGUGGGCUGUCAGUGGUCCCACCACCGGGUCUCAGCUCCCACCUUUCCAAUGGAGCACUUCUGACUUCAACCAUAUUCUCUCUCAUCGCGGACACCCCGACUUGUUCGACUUUCAACCUGUUCUGUUCUCCUGGUCAUCUUAACCCUUUAUGCUGAAAAGCCAGCAGCACUGGCCACACCAAGGUUGCAGACAGCUCACUUUAGUUUAGCCGUAGUUUGUCCUUGCAACUUGUAUGGCCAGUACAGAUGGCCGCGCUACUUUCGUUGACAGCUCGGCAGCCAUAUUUGUUGUUUUCCUCCCCAGGUCAGAAUUUUUUUUCAAUAUCCUCCGAGUUAUUUUCAUAUUAAUUUAAAUACUUAAAGUAGAAAUAAAAAAUAGUUUAAAAUUUAUUUUUAAUGAAUA